UUUACAACCAAUUAUAAUGGUUGGCGGUGCAUUAGCAUAACAUAACCCAUCUCUCAUGGCUCUUUCCGUUCCCACUCCCACUGCUACUCUGCCAUUCAAAUAUGCAAUUGAUUCCCACCAUUCAAAGCCAAAUUCUCUAUUCUCAUCCUCACCACAAAAACUGAACACAACCCACCUCAUAUUACAAGUAGCUGAUUCUGGCAAGUGGAGCAACAUGGUUUCAUUUUUCCCAGGUUUUAUAACCGAAGGUAGAGAUGUUCAGAGCCUCAAGGUGGAUCUCUAUGAAGCAAUUGCACCACUUGACCGAGGUGCCGAGGCUACUCCUGAGGACCAACAACGUGUGGACCAGAUUGCUCGUAAACUUGAGGCUGUGAAUCCUGUUAAGGAGCCUCUCAAGUCUGAUUUGCUCAAUGGGAAAUGGGAGCUUUUCUAUACAACAUCUCAAUCAAUUCUGCAAACACAGAGACCGAAACUUUUGAGGCCAAAUGGAAAGAUCUAUCAGGCAAUUAAUGUGGAUACCUUAAGAGCUCAAAAUAUAGAAACUUGGCCCUUCUACAACCAGGCUACUGCCAAUUUAGUGCCUCUUAACUCAAGAAGGGUGGCUGUCAAGUUUGACUUCUUCAAGAUAGCUAAUCUGAUACCUAUUAAAUCAGCUGGGAGUGGUCGAGGUCAGUUGGAAAUUACUUAUUUGAAUGAAGAUUUACGCCUGACAGAAUAUCAAGAGGAAAUAGAGGUAAUUUGUUCAUCUUGAAAAUGGUGGAUCCAUCCUAUAGAGUCCCUCUUUGACGUGGAUUCUCCAAGAAUCGGUAGUGGUGGCUUCAAUUUUCACUUUUUGGCAUGAAUUUAAUGGUUCAGUUUGUCUGUCUAAAAUUUCCGCCCGAUUAUGCUUUCUUUUCUGUUGUACCAUGUAUAUUUUUUUUCAGUCACAAUCAUUCACAUAUAAAACAAAAUAUAUAGGGAAUCUGCAGAAAAGAGACACUAAUUAAUCACACCA